AUGUUUGUUCCUUUUUCUCGAUCGAGGUGCGCGUUCUCGAAGGAGGCCGGCAACCUGCGCAACCUUCACGCCCGCCGCUUCUCUGGCCUCGCCCAGAGGCAGGCCAUCGACAUUCAGGCCUCCGCUGACGGCAAGGGCGUCGUGCUCUCAGUCAAGUCGAGCAAGCCCAGCCUCAAGAGGAAGCCCGCCAGCUCGUGGCAGAAGGUCACCCUCAAGAAGGAUUUCCGCCGCACGGCUCGCGCCAUCCAGGGUGCUUCCCGCAAGUACAGGUCCGACCUCACCAGCGCUGCCCUCGCCCGUUACACCAAGCUCUACUACGCCGCCAAGUCCAAGGGUGUUGCCAAGAAGCCCAUCACCCACAAGGCCAGGAAGAGCGGCAAGACGCUCGCCAAGGCCAGGAGGGGCGGCAAGGCUGCCAAGUACGCCGCCUCCAAGAAGACCACCCCCGCUGUCCCCGCUCAGUAA